UUUGUAGAUUCGUGACCAGUAAAUUCAACAUUGUUUAAACAAAUUAACUCCAUAUAUCUAUAUAAAUAGGAAAUUAUUGUGUGAUUUUAAUUUAUAUUACACAAAAACAGUUUCAUUUGAUAACUACAUCAAACUAUUCAUCCAAUACCCCAUUCAGUUAAAUUCACUUUGAAAUGUUUGGCAAAAUACAAAUUCUAAUUUUUUUGCUUUCAACAAUUAUGCUUUAUAGCAUGCAAACAGCUAAUAAAAUUAAUGGAGAACCAAUGCGUCGAUGGUAUCCUUUAGGAGUUGAAGCCCCUAGAAAACCUUCAUUCAGUCAAGGUGAUAGUGUUGCUGAAUUAGAAAUUCCUUAUAAUGGUGAUCAAUAUGAUUCAGAGGUUAUGAAACGAGCUGUUCGGUUAAUGAGACUUGGUUAAUGAAAAGAAAAAAGAAAAAAAAGUUGACAGAAUAAUAAUUCUAACUAAUAUAAAUGUUCAUUAAAUAAGAAUUUAUAAUACAUUUAUUCAUUACUUUUUUUAUUAUUAAGUAAAUUGUUUUAUCAUAACAAUGAAUUCUACAUUAUAUGCUGAUAGAAACAUAUAUUUCAUAGUGCAAUGA